AUGCUUCAGGAAGCAGGAUUAGCGGACAUGCAAACAUGCGAACCCAUCGAAGUGGAAACCCUCACUGAAUCAUCUGGAACGCCCCUGGGUAGUCUGGACAGGACUAAAGUUUCAUUUGGCGACUCUGAACGGACUACUGAUUCCAAGAGAUUUAUACUUGACCAAUGGGGAACCGAGGGAACGAUGAUGAAAAUCUUACAAAAUUUUAUAUUUUGUAAGAUUUUCUUUCUUUUGUAA